UUCUGCCACGCCAAUCGGGUCAAAACACACACACAGGCGCGCGGGCAUAAUAUAACCUCAUCGGCCCGCCUCGGCCCCGACCUCCCGGUGAACGAUGCCGACUCCCGCACCGCUCUCGACCGUCGCCGAGUCGCGCCUCGAUCGUCGCCGAGCGACGGCGAGGACGACGACAACGACGACGGCGACGGCACUGCUGUGGCGGUCGCGCCUCUCGCCAGCUCGCCGAUCUCCAUUCCGACCUCGGCGUUGAUUUUCGCGACCUUCGAACUUAUAGAUCCUUUGUAGAGAGAUCCGCGUCGUGCUCCAUCUCGACGGAUCGCGCGCCCAUCGGCACGAUGACGGCGAUCGUUCGUCAGCUGCCGCUCUCACGAUGGACGUCAACGUUGGCGACAACGACGACGUGUCCUUCCGCCCGGGGGAGAUGUUUGACAGCUACGAGGAGCUGGAGCAGAAGCUGGACAGAGUGUCGAGGCACACCCUGGUGCAUUACUGGCGACGGGACAGCAGAACCGUCAGCGGGGCUCAUAUGAAAACCGCGCGGCCGAUUAGCGAGCGACUCAAGUACUAUUCCGUCAAGUAUGCCUGUAUCUACGGCGGUCAGAAGUUCCUCCCACGCGGGGCUGGCAGGAGACAAUCUCAGUCCAUACGAACAAAUUGUCCAGCUCACAUUAUGGUCAGGGCGUCUAAAGAUGGCACAAAGCUAGAAGUGACCAGCGUUAAUAACGAACACAAUCACGAAAUUUCAGAGGAUUUGUUUAAGAGGCUCCCUCAGGAGAGGAAGCUUUGCGGUGAGAUUAAGCAAGAGGUGCAGGAUCUAAUGCAGUUGCACAUCGAUCGUAAGAGACUGAAGGAGUACGUGCGAUUGCGCACCAAUAAGGUACUGCGAUCCAAAGAUCUGUUUAACAUAGCGGCGGCUAAUAGACAGAAGAAGGACAUCCCGCCGGAACGAGCGUAUCAGUUACUCGAGAAGAUUCGCAAUAUCGAGAAGAUGCAGGCCAGAUGUGGUAGAAAGAUGUAUUCCGAAUCCGAGGACGAGAUAGCGCGGACCAUAAAAAGGAUAAAGAAGGAGCAUGAAUCCGCUUGGAAUCAGGACGGAUUGUCGACGGCGGAGUUGGAGGCGGGCGAGGGAAACGACGGCGAGGAUUCUUACGGCGGUCAACUGACGCAGGAGGAGGUGGUCGACGAGAUCGACGCGAACGAGGGCGAAUUGCUGAGAUCGAACAACGAGGGCGACAUAAUAGCGGCCGACGAGGAGAUAGUGGGUGAGCUGGUGAUGGAGAACGGCGAUCCGUCGGUGAUAGUCGAGUCCAUCGUCAACGCGGACGGUUCAGUUUUCGUCGACGAGCGGGAGUUCAACAGCUACUGCGACAAUCACCUGUCGCACACGGUGGACGACAGCCAGUCGCCGAAGCCGCGUGUUCUAGAUAUAGAAACAAUCACCUCCACCACCGUCAUCGAGAAGAUCGCGAAGGAAACGUCCGCCUCGCCCAAUGACAAAUCGCAAGCCGACUCCCUAACGCUUCAACAAUCACCGAAGUCACCUGGCAGCUUCCAAGAGACAGACUCGAGGAUUUGGAUUAUGAAGGAGUGCAACUCGAUGGAAACGGAACCGGAAAGCGGGCCCGAGAGCGAGACGAACGUGAUCAAGCCGACCUCGGCGAUGAAGCCGGACGCGGAGGCGUCCGAGGCCCUGCUGUCCGACGAUACGAGCCAUCAGCUGCUUCAGGAGCAACUGGCGGUGUUGCGCGCCGAGAAGGGCAAGCUGUACCACGAGACGGAGAUGCUGAAGCUGAAGAAGGACAAGCUGAAGCUGCAGAUCAAUUGCUACUCGAACGAGAUAAAGAAGCAGGAGAUGGAGAGGGAGAAGCUGAGGCUGGAGAUCAAGCUGUUACAAUCCAAAGUCAUGGAGGACACGAACGAUGUCUCCCACUACAUUUUCGUGCCCUGAACCCUCUGACUCUGUUGUAAAGUGACUGUAAAUAAUAUAUUGUUUAACGAAAUCUGCAUUUGCGCGUGAAUAUUAUGAAAAUAAGUUGUAUAUAUUGAAACAUAUGUUAUAAUCGAUCAUUGAAAGAGAUCUGUUAUGAAUUCGUGUUGGAACACAGUAAAAAAGAAGCUUGUUAA